AUGUCCUACUACUUCGUCAUCAUUUCUCCGACGGACUCUCCAGUCUUUGAACUGACAUUCGGCACUUCCAAGGCUGGCGGUGAUGGUGUAGCACGCUUCCGCAAUGGAGAAACGUCCCGCUACAUGAACCAGUUCAUUGUCCAUGCCGCUUUGGAUGUGGUGGAAGAGGUCCAGUGGCUGACGCCGAACAUGUGGCUUAAAGUCAUCGAUAAUUAUGCUCCGACGAAUUCUCAUAUCAGUUGCUUUAUCACCGGUACCAAUGUUCGAUUUAUGCUACUCCAUCAACCCAGUACGAUGACCAGUGCAUCUGCAGGAAGUCGUGCUUCCACCAUCUCAUCGACUUCGAUCCCCCAAAAUCCAACGAGCCCUCAAACGGAAGAGGCUAUCCGCCAAUUCAUGAAUGAAGUAUUCGAAAUAUGGGUGAAGACUUUAUUGAGUCCCUUUUAUACCGUCGGCAAUCCCAUCAAAAGUCCCGUGUUCAGGCAAAGAGUCACUGCUGCUGGCCGGAAAUGGCUAUGA